GCGUUCUAAGAGGCGGCUGCCCUCCCUGCUCGCUCCCGAAUCCCUCGCCUGCGGGUGCGAUGCGGACAGGCCCCCUGACACCUGCGGAGGGAUUUCUCCCCGCUCUUUCCCCAGCCCACCUUUCGACAGGCCCAGCUCUGCCUGGGCACGUAGGAACCAGAGGCUUCUGCCUGGUGUGUCACUGAGAAUAGAGUCCCGCAGACGAGAGGGAGCUGGGCAAGGAGGAGCUGCUCUAGCGGCGGCGGCAGCAGCAGCAGCAGCAGCAGCAAGAAUUCCCUCUCCCGGAGCGAGAGAUCCCUGCAAGGGGGGUGCAAGGGGCACUUCUGGGUCAGCCCCCCAGGAAGGGGAAGGGGGGGCAGAGAGAGGAUGAGCAGCCACCUGGAGCUGGAGGAGAGGCUCAGGGAAGCUGCUGCACUAGGCGACCUAGAGGAGGUGCAGACGCUGCUCGACAAGGGGGUGGAGGUGAAUGCCCAGAAUGAGAUCAAUGGCUGGACAUGUUUGCACUGGGCUUGCAAGAGGAAUCAUACCCAAGUGGUUUCUUACCUGCUGGAUUCUCGAGCAGAUAAGGAGAUUUUCACAGUUAAUGGAGAGCUGGCAGCACAUUUGACUUCAAAGAAAGAAAUCAGAAAGCUUCUGGGAGUGGAAGAAUGUGACAAUCAAGAAGUGAAUGACUUAAAGCUGCCGAACGCUGGAGACUCUCCGACAAACCCGUCAUUCCCUUGCGUUGACUAUCAAGAAAAGGACAAUGCCCCUCAUCUCUUAGCACCGCCUGAGGACAACAGCACUGCCGUCUCUUAUUUAUCUGAGAGUGAACCUAGCCCUUGUUUAUCAGCCACUCAGCUUGAAAAUACUUGCACACCCAUUUCCUUGCACUCUGAAACUGAACUUUCUGAAGACCUGCACGAAGGGGAGCUUCCUUCUCCCAUCAGCUCAGGAGUAUCAGAAUGCACAAUGCCUCGAGUCCAGAGCUGCCCUGUUUAUCCCUCAUCUACAUCUCACAACAGAGCUCUCUUGACCUCAACUGUACCUAGACAACAUGUACCUCAGCAAGCAAAUGGCUGCUGUAUGGGCACUGCACCACCCUUACAGCCGCUGCUUCUCACAGGAACCUUUUCAUAUAAUAUGCAAGAACUGGUACUUAAAGUAAGAGUUCAGAACCCUAAAGAGAAUGACUUCAUUGAAAUUGAACUGGACAGACAAGAACUGACUUACCAAGAUUUGCUCAGAGUGAGUUGCCAUGAAUUGGGCAUUAAUCCUGAACAAGUGGAAAAGGUUAGAAAGCUACCGAAUACACUGAUAAGAAAGGAUAAAGAUGUUGCCAGGCUUCAGGAUUUUCAAGAGCUAGAGCUGGUUUUGGUGAAAAGCAUCAGUUCUCCUUUCAGAAAUGCUUCAGCAACACUAAUGGAAAGACCCUGCUAUAACACUAAAGCGGCAAAGUUGACAUACUGAAGUUUAAGACGUCUAGGAAGUUGGUAUCUAAAAACCUUAUUCUCGUUAAAAUUAAAGCAAGAUGUGUUUACUAUUCAA